CUAUAUUUAGUUGUACAACAAAAAAUUAAAACCAGAAAAAAGGAGGAAAAAAAAAUGGAUUCCCAAACAACAGUUAAAACCUUAACAGAACAUCCUCUUCAAUACAGAGCUUUUGUCCAAAACAAUAUACUAAAAGAUGCAUCAUUUUCUUCUUAUCUCAAACCUGAAGAACAUAGUCCUGAUGAUUCCGAAAUCAACGUAUUCGAUGCGAAAAAAUAUUUCAGUGAAAGCAAUGAAUCCUCUCCUACUGUCCAAAAAAACAUAGUUGAUAAUCAAUGUGAAUUAGCUUCAGGUCAUCGACAUUCGUCAGUUUCUUCCGUAGAUAAUGCCUACGGAAGAAACUUUCGUGUCAAUUCUUUUCGUGCUACUCCAACUGCUUCAUCUGAAGCUAGUUGGAAUAGCCAAACUGGACUAUUAGCAAAUCCUCCGGGUGCUAUAGCUGUUUCAUUGAGAGGUAUUAAUACGAACGAGAAAAAAAGAGGUUCGUUUAGUAGUACUCGUAAAUGGUUUUUCUGUAGGAAAUGCCCUUGUUCUGGGAAGAAAUCGGUGCAAAUCGAGGAAACUAGCUCGGAGCCGAGAACAGAAAUUGGCUCCGAGCAGUUCCCCGUCAAACACACUAAUAAGGUGGUAGUUGAGAAAUCAAUCAACAUAUCUCAAAAAAAUUCGAUUGAAAUACAACAAAGAGUGGUGAGGCCACAAUCGUCAGAGACUCAUGUGGGAGCGAUAAAUAAAAUUGGAACGAUACAGAGAAGAUCAACGUCAGAAUCAUCAGAGAGUACUCAUGCUACAGCUACCUGUCAACAGCGUGUACUGGCACCAGUUAGACCAUUUACCGAAACGCCAGGUGGAGGAUUUUCAUUCCCAAUUCUGAACAAUUCAGGACAAGCGAAAUUGGAAAUCAAAUCUCCACCAACAAGAAGAUCGGUUUCCCCAAUAUUAGAAGAUCCGCCUCGAGAAUCACUCGAAGUAUUUCAACCAUCUUCCAGAAAAUCAACAGAAACAGAUCAUCGCCGAUGCAAUAAUUUCCCCUUCCCGGGUAGUCCAAUUUCUCGAGUGACAGCAACGGACGACGACGUUGCGAGCGAUGCAAGUUCCGAUUUAUUCGAAAUCGAGAGCUUUUCGACUUCGAUCGCGACGUCGUCAUGUCCGUUGUAUCGUCAACGAAAUUCACUAGAGGAGCCUGGUACGCCUAGCAUUGCAGCUACAGAGUGUUAUGCACCAAGUGAAGUGAGUAUCGAUUGGAGUGUUACUACAGCUGAAGGAUUCGAUCGUGCUAGUGUAACUAAUUAUUCAACAAUCUCGGAAAUCGAGACGAAUACCCGAUUUUUUGGCGGUAACGGUGGUGGUGGUGGUGACGGAGGAAAAUGGAAAGGGGGUGGGUUGUUGAGCUGUAGGCAUGAAAAGGCGGUAAAUGUAGGACCACAGCCAGUUAAAUAUGGGUCGCCCAAUGGGCUACCACAAUUGCCGUUGAUUAAUACGGCAGAACAUGUGGGAAGUAAGGCAAUGCCAAGAGCUAAUAAGCCACCUCUUGCAAGCUCUCAUUCAGCACGCUUGUCUGUUGCAUUUGCAGCAUGACAAACAUCUUCCUUCACUCUUUCAUGUUUGAUGUUUGUAUGUUUUAGCCUUCUUCUAUGUUUCAUUUUACGUGGCAUUAUUAUCAAUCGGAGAGUCUUGAGAAAUUUUUAUCGUGA